AUGGCGGACGAUUCUGUUCAAACAGGUGAACAAGACAUUCAGGAAUAUUUUGAUACUGCGGUAAAAAUAGCACGACAGGCAGGGCAGGUAAUCUAAUAAUACUUUAUUUCCCAUUUCUCCGCAAUUACACAACGCAAAAAUAGUCCAUAUACGUUUUGAUCAUCGUACUCGAGCAGGUCCUUGAGGGAAACUUGUGGAAAUUAAGUAAACGUAAUGAAUAGUAAUCAGGCUUGAAUUCACGUUCUACAUUCAUUGGUUGUCCUCUUGGAGAUAACUAGAAGUGGGAGUGGUUUGCAAAGUCUAUGUCGCCUCAUCCUCUUUUAACAAUCAUGGUGGCCAUUGUGAGAGAAAAACAAAAUUCGUGAAGGUCAUGCAUGCACGAUGACAGAGGAGACAAGAAAUAUUACUUUGAUUCUUUUAAUUCUUUUUUCCAGUUAAAUCAAACAGUUUAUUUUUAAUGUUUAAUGGUAGCUAGCAUCUUAUAUCAGCCAAUUUUUAUUCGUCAGCUGUGAUUUUCACAUCAGUGGAUAAAAGACUCGACCCCAACCCCUUACACCCUAACAUUAAUAUUCAUAUUCUCCACACUUUUUGUUUACAUUCCUUAUGGCACUGACAAGGAGAAUUUGUUUAAAAAUCAGGAGAUUCUAGAAUUGAUGAUCAUAUCCUUUAUAUAUAAGGGUGAUACACUAAGGAGAAAUUAGAAGCCAAUAACUCUUAGGAGCUAUAGGGUUAACCCCAUCAUCCAGUAGAUCAAGAUUAGUGAAAUACUUCCAUCCUUGACUUAAAAUUUCCAAUCAAAAUAAGAAACCAGCUCAAACCAAGCUAGCAUUUGAAAAAAAGAAUUUAAAUUAAUAUCACGGUACCCUCCAAAUAAACUUGGAUUUUGGAAGGGAAUCAACAACGGAGAGUAGUUGAAGAGAAACUUGCAUAGAAACUAUUCAAGGCAAUUUUGGAAAUUUUUGGAACACAUUUAGAAAUAUUUUGGUGUCGUCAGAUGAAACUUAUAAAGUUGUCAACAAAAGAAUUGUCUUAUGCUUUAAAAAAUGUCAAGUCAGCACUUGUUUAUUACUUAUCAACAGGUUUUUUUUAGCUUAUUUGCAAACCUCAUGUGUUUAGGUGGUGUUUGAAGCUUUCUACAAGGAAAAGAAUAUUGACACAAAGUCAUGUGGAACAGAUUUGGUGACAGAAACAGACAAGUAUGUGGAGGAAUUGAUCAUUGGAACCCUAGCAGAAAAAUUCCCAUCUCACAGGUGACACUGUUAUUUUCGUGCUUAAUAAUGUUAUAUCCAUCGGUAAUGAUAUUAUAUUGAGUAAUUUACCGAGUUGAGGUGGGGUGAAAACAUAAAAAAAAACCUUAGGUGAGUCAUAAACAAGUUUAUAAUGAGCCAAUCAAAUCUGAGAUUUAAAUAAAAAUGAAUAUAAUAUGUUUGAUAUAUAUUAUUCUCAUUAUUAUUAUUAAUAACUGUCAUUUUUAUACUAGGGGUUUCAAUAAAAGCCAGUUCCUGGCAGUCUGCUACUGCCUGUAAGACUUCUUACCAACAUCUGUUUAUAAUAGUCUGCCAGCAGGCUCACAUGCUUAGGCUUGGCUUUAUGCCUCCUCUUCCAGUUGCUGAUAAUACCAUCUGCAGCUGCUUAUGGAAAAAGUUAUAGAAACCCUUAUAUCAUACUCACUACAAUUUACCCUGUACACCCUAACAUUGGUAUUCAUAUUCUCUACACUGAUCUCUCUUCAUUCUUGUGGUAAUGACAAGGAAAAUCUGUUUGGCAAUCAGGAGUAUCUUAAAUUAGUGAUCAUUUCCAUUGACAUUAUUCUUAUGACCUUUAAAUUGGAUUUGAGGGUGAUAUUGUGAGGAGAAAUCAGAAGCUAAAGGUUUAAUACCAGGAAACUAUACAGACUCAGAGCAAUGUUCUUGUGUAUGUAAACAUGUACAAGUCAAAUAAAAAAUUGGGUUUUUCUUAGUCUCAAAAAUUUGAAUUAAACAUAUGAUUUGUGUGUGAUUUUCAGUUUUAUUGGCGAAGAGUCAGUGAGUGCUGGAAAGAAAAGUAUUCUCACAGAUAAUCCUACAUGGAUAAUUGAUCCAAUUGAUGGUACAACAAACUUCGUUCACAGGUUAGAUAGAAACAGAAAAAUCCAUCUGAACUAUCCUUUAAAAUGAGCUACAUCCUUUUAUGAUACUAACCCCCCCUAAAAUAGAUGGAACUAAAAAGAAUUUUUAAUUAUCUGUCAUUUACACACUAUAAUUGUAGCUAAUGUCUUUCAGGGUGUGCCUUUUUGCUGUAAAAAAAAUUGAUAUAAAUUUAAACUGUUUGAUCAAAUGCAAUAAACUUCUUUAGUUUGUCAUUUCAAAAAUUUCUGUUGCGCUUUACUUCUUGUUCCAGCAAAUUAUUUGAUAGUAAGCCAUUGGACUGGUCAUGAGUGGCUGAUUACAAAGGAUUCAAAUGAAUUUUUGUCCGUUAUAUCUCGUAGAUGAGCCUUAUGACUCAUUUCUUGUAAUUUUACAUACAUUUCAAAUCACUAUGGUGUGAAAGCAACAAACAAUUAUUUUUCCUCAGAUAUCCUAUGGUAGCUAUUUGUAUUGGUCUGGCAAUCAAUAAACAGGUAAAUUUCAUAUAACGUUUAGUAAGCCCUCAGUACAAACCUGUUGGUCUUGUUUUGAUAAAGUAUUUAACUACAAGGGCCCAGUUGUUCAUGGGGCAGAUAAAGCUAUCUAACAGAGAAUUGCUAUACAAGUAUUCAUGCAAGUGUUUACAAACCAUACAUAACUGUGCUCUCCACCAGACAGAGAUAUAUUAUUAUCCACCCUUCAAACAGCCAGGGCUCAGUGAUUUAGGUGAAUAUAAAAACAUGGUGCCUUGAGAACAUAAUAUAUCUCACCAGUACGUGGAACCCUUAACUUGUUCUUAGAGUGCUGUUAACUCAAAAAUGAUAACAGUGAAACUUUUUUGAAAUGUAUAAAAUAGUAAUAAGUGUAUUCAAGUACAACUUUCAGACAAUUAGUACUAGUUUCAAACCAUUUAGUGGACAGUUGAACCUGUAUUAAGUGGCACAGUAUUAAGCAGUCAGUUGUUAAAGUCCUGAAUUUGUUUCCCCCCAAUCACCAGAAUUGCUACAGGGUCUCUGUUAAGGGGUUACCUUCAUUAAGCAGUCACAGUCACCCUUUACUAAGUCCCAAAGGCCUGUUUGUAUUGUCUUUCACCUGUACUGAAUGGUCACUAGAAGCCAAACCACUCAAAUAAAACUAAGAAUAACUUUCAAGUAAUUGUUAAUCCAUGUUUCUCUCUCAAAAUCAAAGUAAAUAGUGAUUUUAAGCAAGAUUCUGUACAUUAAUUGGUUGAUUAUGGCAUAACAUGGCAUUGUGUAUCAUUGUUCAUAAUGGGGAGUUUUAGAUCCAUGUUUGUUUCUGAAUAUGUGUGACUGCAAAAGUCUAGGAGUCAUGUGAUCAGACUCUAGUGGUUGCAUUUGCUGUUACCCAUCCAUGUUUGAACAUUAGGCAAGCCAGUUUCAGAUAGUUGAACUCCCUCAAUGCUUUUUGUCUUCCUGUUCAAAAGUUCUCACAUAUAUCCUAUAAAUAUAUGUGAAGUGAAGUCUUUUCUUAAUAACUUAUCUUUUAGCUACAUCUUGUGUUUGAAAUGAAGGAUCCAUCCUUUGAGUAAUUCAAGAUGGUGGCAUGUAUGUUGAUUUUUUCAGGUGAAAUCUGAUGUCAAUCUAAAAAGCUGAAAGUCUUUAGAAUUCUAACUUCUAACCAAAAACUGCUGGCCGCAGUUUGAUGUUUGCAGUUAACACUCCAAAUGUGCAUCUAAAACUCUCUAAUACCCCUCAUCUGUGGAACCUGUAUUAAGUGGUCAACAUUUAUAAGUAUUCACCCCUUGGGUGACCACCUAAUACAGGUUCUACUGUUUGUUUGUUUCUGUUUACAAUAGACAUAUUGAUGUUGAUUACAGCGAAUAUUGAUUGCAGCAAACAGCAUGAAUAUAAGUUAGGCUUUAAGUUUAGAAUUUUUGUGCUAUUGAUAGGUACAUAUUGUUCAGUGAUAGACUUAAAAUGAAUGUUCUCCAUUAGAUGGAGGUUGGGGUAGUAUUCAAUCCAAUUAAAGAUCAGAUGUUUACUGCAAGAAGAGGCACCGGGGCAUUUUGUAAUGGAAAGAAAAUUCACUGCUCAAGUGUAACAGGUAAACUUAAUUGUUAAAUAUAGCAAGGAGAUAAUGAUGAAGAAGAAGGUUUUGUUAUUUAUUCUAAUCAAUCUGUAGGAGAAACCGUGGCAUAAUUUGUAUUACCCUGGACUGUGGAUCAAAAGCACAGAAGAUACAGUGGCCUUAUUCAGUCAGUGCACUGGACUCAAGGUCAAGCGGUCUUAGUUUGAGACCUGGCCAGUCAUUGUAUUGUGUUCUUGGACAAAACACUUUAUUCUCACAGUGCCCCUCUCCACCCAGGAGUAGAAACGGGUACUGAUGUAUUGUCAGGGAAACCUGAUGAAAUACAAGUUUUGGGGGGGGGAGGGUAACCUGGAGAUGGACUGACACUUAGCUCAAGGCAAACCUUUACAUACCCUUAGGUCCAAGAUUAGGGUGGGUCAUUGUGUUACAAUCUUGGACACUUAACUUUUACAUUGCUUCUCUCCACCCACUCUUUGUCCAAGGUCAGUUUUAGCCCAGUGUCCUGUAAGCUGCUUUAUUCGAUCACCUGAUUCAUGUGGUAAAAAAGAGUCUCAGUGCACAGCCAAAGUAUGUCCGUCUCUGUGGUGGAUGUUAAAACAGAGCUGCUAUAGGGGCAGAUGGAUGAAUGGAACAUCACUGCUCCCUGGUUACAUUUGAUGUCACAAAUCUCAACUCACUUUAUUCCACAGAUCUAAGCAAAGCUCUUGUUAUCACGGAACUGGGCUCCUCAAGGGAUCCUGAAAUCAUAAAUGUUGUGAUGUCAAAUCUCAGAAGGCUUGCAGAGAAACCCAUUGCAGUUCACAGGUAAAGAUUAAUGAAAAGACAUCUAUACAUAAAAGUAAAUCACUUUAAUUAAGUGAUUAUCUAUUUUUAUCUUAUCCAGCAUCAGACUACAGGGAUCAGCUGCCCUUAACAUGUGCUCUGUGGCCAGUGGUGAGGCAGAACUGUAUUAUGAAUGUGGUAUCCAUGUCUGGGAUAUUGCAGCAGCAGGAAUAAUUGUGGAAGAAGCUGGUGGAGUCACACUGGAUCCUUCAGGUUUUUAAAUAUGUUGUGUGUUUACAACCCGAUUUUUUUUUACUAUAAAGUAUUUUGGUUGCAUUGAAGAUUCAUGUCAAGCUUCAACCAUUGUUGAUUGCCAUGACAAUCAGAUAAAUUUUGGCAAUUAAAUUUGCUAUGUAAGUACUAAUUUGGUGACCAGCGUUUACCCAUCUUGUAGCAAGUUGCAGAAUUAUAAUUAUAACAUAAUAGUUUUCAUGAUCUUAACCUUUUAAAAUAUUACAUUAAUAUAAAACAUUUUCUCGCAACAGGUAAGCCUCUGGAUUUGAUGGCACGUCGUAUAUUGGCUGCUGGAAAUAAGGAGCUUGCUGAUCAAGUUUCUCAGUAUUUAGAUUGCAUCGAGCUUCCUAGAGACUAGCAAUUUUUUUAUUUUUAUUUUAGGACAACUUUGUUCUUGUUCAUUUUAAUUCGCUGUCUUUUGCAUUGUCUCACUUAUUGUUUUUUAAUGUGUCUGUAACUAAUGUUGUCAAGUCAUUUGCUUUUAUACUGUCAAGCUAUUAUUUUCACACAAAGUGUCACAGGUUUUGCUUGAUGAAAAAAAUCAACUUAAUUUCUUCUAGGUUGUAAUUUAGUACCUCUUCAGCAUACAUCAAUACUUGUAUGAUGUUUUUAAAUUUUGGUAUUUAUUACUGAAAAUGUAAAUUUUGCCUAAAAAAUAAAAAAGCUGAACCUUUUAAUUUUAUGUACAUGCACUACUCACGGACAAGUUAUCACUUUGGUCUGUAAUUUCCUGGAAAUUACAGAAAGUCUAUCUUGUUCAUGGGAUUUAAAUGAUUAAUAGAAAAGAGAAAAUGGUGUCUCAUGAGAAAGAAUGUGUCUUUGGGUAAAAAUUAAAAUGAUUAAAAUUAAGUGAGCAAGAAAGAAGAAAAUUUGGAUACCUUUUUCAAAAAUAUCUGUGAGCCAUUCUUUUAAAGUCAGAAAUUCAGUCAGCUUUAUUUACUUAUAUUAAUCAUAUUAUUAAUUUUUAAGGAUAUAACAUUGGAAGAGUUGUACGCAUUUGAUGUUCUUAAAUUUAUGUGCUUGCAUACAGCAACACUGUAACUUAAAUCUCUACAAUUAUAGAAAAAUACUUUGACAAAGUUGAUAAUACUAAACAAAUUGUUUAAUAUAUCAAAUUUAUUACCUUUU